AUGGUCAAGUCCACCCCCCGAAGGAUCGAUUACUACUGGCACAAGAGCGGAGUCUAUGGAGUUAUCAGCCGGGCUGCGCUCCGCACCCUUCAGUUUGCCUUCGCUGUCAUAGUUGCUGGUCUAUACGGAGUCGAUCUAGCACACGCCACGAAAACCAACAAUCACGCCCACGCAGAAUGGAUCUACACUGAAUUCGUCGCUGCGCUCUCUGCCCUGACUUGCAUUAUGCAUUGCUUCUUUACUGUAACUCAAGUUGCAUGGUCGGCCUGGGAUGGAGUCCUGCUUGUCCUCUGGCUUGCCCAAGUGAGUGUUUUCGGGACGAUCUAUAUCUCCGGCAACAAAACCGGAUACGAAGAUGCGACAUUAUCAGUUCCACGUAUGCGCGCUGCAGUCUGGGUUGACCUCAUCAAUAUGUUGCUCUGGCUUACGACGACUGUGCUCGGUAUUGCGUGGUGUAUUCGGACUCGAAAGGUCACUCGACGGACGGACCGGGCGGAUGUUCACAAAGAGCUUAUCAGACCGGAUAGUGGGAAUUCCGAUGGGAAAAUGGCUACGCUGGACGAAAAGAGAGAUAUGAAGGGGUGCACUGAUGAACCUAUUGAUUCCUUUCCGCCGGAGUACACCAAAUUCCCACCUGCACCCCCUGCAUCAGUGAAAAAGAAGGAAAGUUUUGAGCAAGAUAAGAAAGCCACACUUGAGGUUUAA